UUCCUCCUCGUCUUCCCUCCUCUCGCGCGCAUACCGGAGAGACACACCGAGGCGUAGAUAGACAUAUUUGGGCGCAGUUUCCAGUUCGCAGACAUGGUGAGGAAGAGCGAGCGCUCGGAUCUGCAGACGCUUCACUGCACGCGCCAGGUGACCAGUAACUCUUUGGUGUCUGGACCAUCAGCUAGUGAUGUGGCGCCUCCUGCUCCUUCCUGCUGUGCUGCCCAGAACCCUUCAGUAGUGACGGAGAGCAGUCAGCCAGUGGACAUUAAUGACUCAGGCAUGCGAAGGAAGAAGAAACGCAGGACUCGGGCAGUAGACAGCUCCAUGGGAACAUUCAAAGAUCUGUACAGGCUGACUGACGAGGUGCUGGGGCAGGGGGCUUACGCUAAAGUUCAAGGAUGUGUGAGCCUGCAAAAUGGCAAGGAGUACGCUGUAAAGAUUAUUGAGAAGAUUGCCGGCCACAGUCGGAGCAGGGUAUUUAGAGAGGUGGAGACAUUAUAUCAGUGCCAAGGGAAUAAGAACAUUCUCGAGCUCAUUGAGUUUUUUGAGGAUGACAGCUGCUUUUAUUUGGUGUUUGAGAAGCUCUGUGGAGGCUCCAUUCUAACACACAUCCAAAGGAGGAAGCACUUUGAUGAAAGGGAAGCCAGUCGCGUUGUGAAGGAUAUUGCUCAAGCACUGCACUUCUUACACACUAAAGGAAUUGCUCACCGGGAUCUGAAACCUGAAAAUAUCCUGUGCGAAUAUGUUGACACGGUGUCUCCUGUGAAGAUCUGUGAUUUUGACUUGGGAAGUGGUGUGAAGUUGAACAGUGCCUGUACCCCCAUAACUACACCUGAGCUUACUACACCGUGUGGUUCAGCUGAGUACAUGGCUCCAGAGGUGGUGGAAGUAUUUACAGAUGAAGCAUCAUUCUACGAUAAGCGCUGUGAUCUUUGGAGCCUAGGGGUGAUCCUGUACAUCCUGCUUUGUGGGAGUCCACCUUUUACUGGCCACUGUGGAGCUAACUGUGGUUGGGAACAAGGUGAAACCUGCCGUGCCUGCCAGAACAGCCUAUUUGAGCGGAUCCAAGAGGGGAAAUACGAGUUUGGGGAUCGGGACUGGUCUCACAUCUCAGAUGGAGCCAAAGACUUGAUCUCCCGGCUGCUGGUGCGAGACGCCACGCUGAGGCUGAGUGCGGCUCAGGUCUUACAACACCCUUGGGUCCAGGGGAACGCUCCUGAAAGAGGUCUUCCAACUCCACAUGUCUUGCAAAGGAAGUGCAGCACUAAGGACCUGACCCAGUUUGCGGCGGAGGCUAUAGCCUUUAACAGGCAGCUGUCGCAGCAGGAUGAAGAGCAGGACGAUGACAGCACCAUCAUGUGCUCCAUGAGACUCUCGCCCCCUUCCAACUCCAGACUGGCGAGACGCAGAGCACAGGCUCACGCCCUCCGCAGCGACAGCCAAUACCUGAACACUACUCAGGUUCCAGAGUGACUCGCACACCACCACGCGUAGCAAGUCGGACAUUUUUGUGCCUGAGCUAUGCUCUGUACCACUUAUGAUCACACAGCAGUGAACAUCAUGUUAAGACGUGUAAACACACGUUACACUUACAGUAUUGUUUACCAUAACGGCAUUAAGGGAUUAUGCUUUGCAGCAGAGCUACAAGAGGUACACUUUCUGAAAUAUGCAUCCUUAGGUGGGUGUCCUAAUCCCAUCAUGGACCACAUAUCCAAUGUUUAGCAUGCUAAAAGUAUGAAGCUGUGAGAGAUUUCUGAAUAUUUACAUAUUUAUGGCUGAUGUUUUUUUUUUUCCCCUCCAAAUUAAGGGUGCUUAAAAAUAAGGUGGGAGCGUUUACUAACGGUUCACACCUUGCUUGUAUUGUUUUUGUUGUUGUUGUUGUUUUUUUAAAUCACCCUCUCUUGUGUAUUUGAGGAGAUUAUUCUACUUUAUGCACUUGGCAUUUUUACAUAUUUGUAAUUUUUUUGUGUGUGAUUUUUGCGGUGAAUGGUUUUGUGAAGGCAUUUGAAAUUUUAUGCCAUUUUUAUUUAAAUUUUUAUAGAAAAACUGUUCAGAAGUGAUCGAUAGGCAUCAAUUUAUAUGCGUUAUAGAAUUCAUAAUAUGUUUUUACCUCAGACCCAGUUUGCACAUUUUAUCAGGCGUAGGGCUCUGCAAUUUUACACAUCAUGCCAGCAGGUAGCGUGCACAUUGGCACUUUGUACAGUACUGGAAGACUAAAAGUGAAGUGUUAUCCCCCAGCCCCACUCGUACUGUAUGUCUGUAAUGUCAUAGAUUUUUCUCUCCCUCUCUCUCAUCAUUGUCAGCAUGUGGUGUUCUACACAUCUGGCUCUUUCCCUGUUUUUAUAUUACAAUAUGUUAUUUUAAUUUGUAUUUUUACAAAUAUUCUGUAAUACUGAAUUAAUUUCUUAAUGAAA